AUGCUUAUUGAAUUGUCUCUUUCAGCCUUUGUUACCUUAUUGGAUGGGGAACAAGCCCAAAAUGCCAUCCAGACAUUUCACCAAUAUUCUCUUCGUGGAAAGGAGAUAACUGUUCAGCUGCAGCCCACGGAUGCUUUGCUCUGCAUCACCAACCUGCCCCCUUCUUUUACAAUAGAAGAAUUUGAGGAACUGGUCCGGACAUUUGGCAAUAUUGAGAGGUGCUUUUUGGUCUACAACGAAAUCACCGGCCAUUCUAAGGGCUAUGGCUUUGUGGAGUACAUGAAAAAAGACUCUGCCGCUAAGGCUAGGUCAGAACUGUUGGGUAAACAGUUAGGAGGUUUCACUCUCUUUGCACAGUGGAUGGAUGUGAAUCAGCUGGCCACCGAUCUCAUUCAUUCUAAGUGCCUAUGCAUCGAUAAACUCCCCAGAGACUUCACCGACUCCCAAGAGCUCUUGCAGAUUUUCUCCUUUAGUCAUAAGCCUGUGUUUGGUCAGUUGGCACAGGAUGAAGGGAACUAUGCAGGCGGGUUUGCUGUAGUUGAAUAUGACACUGCAGAACACGCUGAGGACGUUCAGCAGGCAGCUGAUGGGAUGACGAUCAAGGGAAACCAGGUCCAGGUGUCCUUCUGCGCCCCUGGAGCAUCUGGAAGAAGUACAUUAGCAGCGCUGAUCGCUGCGCAAAGAAUGAUGCGCAAUAAUCGAAAGGGUUUACUUCCAGAGCCAAAUCCAGUACAGAUUAUGAAGAGUUUAAACAACCCCGCCAUGUUGCAGAUUUUACUGCAACCACAGUUACAUGGACAUGCUGGUAAGCCAGCAGUUCUCGGAGCCCCUGCCAGUUUGCCUCAUCUGGUGAACCCAUCCAUCACCCCUGCAUUUUUGCAGUUGAAUAAAAUACACCAG